UGCUGGUAAACACAUGGUAUAAGCAAUCAAAAUACAAAAAUGGUAACACAGCUUUUGAGCGUAAAACUAGACUACAAAUAUGGCAUCCAAAUCUCACACGACUCCAAAUCUCACAAGGACUACAAGUGAAGAUCAGUCAGUGAUUAAAACGGAUUCAGAGGUUCUCAUCAGUGAUGAAACUAAAGUUGUGCCUUUCAUUUCUGAUGUUUUUUGUGAUUCAUGAUGUCCAGUCAGCCAAAAGUCAGUGGAUGGCACUCGUACCAUCAACCAUUCCAGCUGUGCAGGGCUCCUGUGUGGUUAUUCCCUGCACCUAUAAUUACCCCAGACCUAGCUCCAAAAAGAUCAUAAACAGCUGGUUAGGAUUCUGGAAGAAAGGGAACAAGGUUUUGGCAACCUCUAUCCAAAAAUGGAAACUGCCUGUGGAGUACAAAAAACGAACUCAAUUUCUGGCAAAACUGAGAACACGGAACUGCACGAUGCUACUGGAUAGUGUCCGGAGCACUGAUGUCGGACCUUUUUACUUCAGGAUUGAAAUGCCACAAUACAAAAGCUUCUCAUACACACAAAACUCUGUGUCCAUUGAUGUUAUACGCAACCCCCCACCGCCAACUCUGUCUGUGGAGGUGAAUGAUCAGGUAUAUGCCACCUGCUCUGUUUUUCACUCCUGCCCAUCUAUUCCUCCUCAAUUCUCCUGGAGUCACACUGGAGUCAUCAAAAGCCAGUCGAAGAAAGUGAAUGCAUGGAACUGGCAAACAGUGUCAACUCUGACCUUUCCGCCUUUAGCCACCGAUUUCAACAAGCCUUUAAACUGCACAGUGCGACACAGAGGGGGGAAGGAGGCACAAAGCUCCAUUAUUCUUCUAAUAUGAACCCAGUGCAUGAUCUAAGUACAACUUCUUACUCUACACAGUAAAUUAAUUGAAGGUUUUAAUUUAGCAUUUGGGGUAUAUAUCGUGUUUAAACUACUUAAAGUGAAUCUUAAAACAGAUAGCUUUGCUAUUUGUGAAGCCCAAAGGGGUUUUGUGAUUGUUUGGUUUGAGUGGACGUCACAGAGUGUGUCUGCACUAAAAACACAUGUUUUAGUGUAUCAUCUAUGGUGGAUGAUAAGUGAUCAACCGUUUUAUUUCUCCAAAUGUUUACGUUAAAAUGCAGUUAAAAAAUCUGAUACAUAUAUAUUCUUAAAUAAUAUUCUUAGAAAGAGGUGUUGUUAUGUGACAUGUAAUAAGACAAAAAUAAUAAGGUAGUUAUGAAACAUAUUUUGCAAUUCAGAAACUUUGCGGCCGCAAGAGUACUGGCAGGGACUAGAAAGAGAGCACAUUUUGCCCAAAUCUGUAAAGAUCUGUAUAGAAAUUCACUUUUUUCAUGUAUGAUUUAAAGUAAAUCAAAUGAAUGCAAAAUGGCAUCAGUAUAAAUGCCUUGGAUCAGACUGUCACGGUCCUGGGUCGGUGACCCAGUGUUUUGUGUAUUUUUAUUUUAUGAUUUUCUUGUAGUUUGAGAUUUCUAGUGUUUAGUAUUGGUUUUGUUCUGUGGCAGUUUGUUUCCUGCUUUGCUUUGACAGUCUGUGCCCUACGUUAGCGUUUCUAGUUUGGUGUCUCCCUGUUCUGUCUGCUAAUUGAUGUCAGCUGCGUCUUCCAGGUGUUUUCCUUUUGCCCUGCUUUCCUCUUGUAUUUAAUGUCUGUGACUGCUCCUGCUCUUUGUCGCGCCGUACCCUCAUUCUGGCCUAUGUAGUUCAGUUUCAUGCCCUCAUCGUUCUGUUCCAUUUCCUAAUUUAUGCCUGCAAUAAAGCAGUGGAUUUUGAGCUUAAAUUCCGCCUCCACCA